AUGGAUGACAGAGAUGCGGUGGGGCAGCAGCCUGCGGCACACCAAAAGGAAUGGACGGGCCGGAUGGAUGGGCAACAGCAAGGCGAGUGUCAAACACCAAAGAACUACCAGCAUGUCCUGACCUUGGAAUUUGCUCUGAAGCAGGUCAAUGAGAAUCCCAAUAUUCUACCAAAUGUGAGCUUGGGGUUCCACGUCUAUGAUAGUUAUAGCAAUGCAAGGAUGACCCAUCAGAACAUUCUGCAACUUCUGUCUACUUGGGAAAAGAUUGUUCCCAACUUCAAAUGUGACAAGAAAAAGAAUAUGAUAGCCAUCAUUGGAGGACUUGACUCUGAAAUCUCCUUUCACAUGGCUACAAUCUUAGCCACCUACAAGAUUCCACAGAUUGCCUAUUGUAUAUUACCUACAGCAAGAAAUAUUAAAACACAACUCCCUUCUUUCUAUCGGUUGAUUCCCAAUGAAGACUACCAGUUCAAAGGCAUUGUCCGACUACUUCAACAUUUUCAGUGGACAUGGGUCGGGAUCAUUGUCUCAGAUGAUGGCAAUGGAGAAAGUUUUGUGGAGACCUUAACACCAUUGCUUUCUCAGCAUGGAAUUUGUACUGCGCUCAGUGGAAGGACACCAGCCCUAUCUCAAGUUGUAGAGAUAGUGCAGAUAAUAGAAACUAUCGGAGCCAAGGCUAUUUCUCUCACCAACUCCAAAAUUAAAGUAUUUGUUGUAAAUGCAGAGCCUCAGACCACGACAUGGUUGAAAUGGCUCAUGCACUUCCAUUCAGUAUUUGAAGAUAAUACAGAGGUCUCCUUUGGGAAAGUGUGGGUUAUGACAGCCCAGUGGGAUUUCUCUACAGAAAUGGUACAACAGUAUUUCAAUGUACAGCACUUGUAUGGUACAUUGUCAUUUGCCAUUCACUCAAAUGAAGUUCCGGAGUUUCCAAAAUUCCUUCAGAUGCUACAUCCUAGCUCGGAAAAAGGCAGUGAUUUUUUCAGGAUCUUCUGGGAAGAGGCAUUUGGCUGCUCAUUUAACAAUUCUGAUGAGGGCAUCGGGGACAAUGACAAAUGCAGUGGACAAGAGAAGCUAGAAAGCCUUCCCAGGGCUCUUUUUGAAAUGAGCAUGACAGGCCAAAGUUACAGCAUCUACAACGCAGUUCAUGCCAUAGCAUAUGCUUUGCACAAGUUGUUCUCAGCCAAGCCCAAGCUCAGAGCAACAGCGGGCAAAUGUGGAUUUGAAGAUCUGCAACCCUGGCAGCUUCACCCUUUCCUGAAGAGCAUCUCAUUUAACAACACAGUGGGCGACUUGGUGACUUUUGAUGAGAAUGGUGAACUAGCUGAUGGAUUUGAUAUUAUAAACUGGGUUACUUUUGCGAACCAGUCCUUCUUGAGAAUGAAAGUAGGCAGUAUUUUUCCAGACCAAAAGUUCACCCUUAACGAGGAGGCCAUAUCAUGGCACAGAACAUUUAAUCAGGUGCUGCCCAUUUCACAGUGUAAUGACAACUGCCAUCCAGGUCACAGUAGAAAAAAGAAGGAAGGGGAGCCGUUUUGUUGCUAUGAUUGUGUUUCAUGUCCAGAAGGAAAGAUUUCAGAUGAGAAGGAUUUGGAUGACUGUUUCAAAUGCCAAGAAGGUCAGUAUCCAAAUAAGAACCGAGAUCAAUGCCUUCCCAAGGUUAAAAACUUUCUCUCUUUCUCAGAACCCCUAGGGAUGAUUUUAUCAUUUUUGCCUCUGUCUUUUUCUCUGAUCACAGCUUCAGUUGUAGGAAUUUUCGUCAAGAACAAUAACACCCCCAUCGUCAAAGCCAACAAUCGGGACCUCACAUAUUCUCUGCUCAUUUCGCUAUUGCUCUGCUUCCUCUGCUCUUUGCUGUUCAUUGGUUUGCCUCAAAGAGUCACCUGCUGUUUACGACAAACUGCUUUUGCCAUCAUCUUCUCAGUGGCUGUUUCAUGCAUCCUGGCAAAAACCAUCACUGUGGUUCUGGCUUUCAUGGCCACCAAGCCAAGAUCCAGGAUGAGGAAUUGGGUGGGCAAAGGACUGGCCAACUCUAUCCUUUUUGCUUGUUCCUUUAUUCAAGCCAGUAUUUGUGCUGUCUGGCUAUGUACUGCUCCUCCUUUUCCAGAUCUUGACAUGCACUCUCUGGCUAAAGAAAUCAUAGUGGAAUGCAAUGAAGGUUCAUUUAUGAUGUUUUAUUGUGUUCUGGGCUACCUGGGAUUUCUGGCCAUUGUUAGCUUCAUUGUGGCUUUCUUUGCAAGGAAAUUGCCCAGCACUUUCAAUGAAGCCAAAUUCAUCACUUUCAGCAUGUUGGUGUUUUGCAGCGUUUGGUUGUCCUUUGUUCCUGCUUACUUAAGCACUAAGGGAAAAUACAUGGUAGCUGUGGAGAUCUUCUCCAUCUUGGCUUCUAGUGCUGGACUAUUGGGUUGUAUCUUUUUCCCCAAAUGCUAUAUAAUUAUUCUGAGACCUGAACUGAACAACAAGAAGCAACUAAUUUGUAGAAAUUAG